UAUGGUAUGGGAAGUAGCACCAAAGCCUCUUUCACCCCUUUUGUGGACACCAGAGUGUAUCAGACCUCGCCUACUGAUGAAGAUGAAGAUGAGGACGAAGAGUCGUCUGCUGCUGCCCUGUUCACCAGCGAGCUGCUCAGACAGGAGCAGGCCAAGCUGAACGAAGCCCGGAAGAUCUCGGUGGUGAACGUCAAUCCCACCAACAUCCGUCCCCACAGCGACACCCCGGAGAUCCGGAAAUACAAGAAGCGCUUCAACUCGGAGAUACUCUGUGCUGCUUUAUGGGGUGUCAAUCUGCUGGUGGGCACAGAAAAUGGCCUGAUGCUGCUGGAUCGAAGCGGACAGGGGAAGGUCUACAACCUGAUCAACAGACGACGAUUUCAACAGAUGGACGUACUCGAAGGUCUUAACGUCCUCGUGACAAUAUCAGGAAAGAAGAACAAGCUGCGCGUGUACUAUCUCUCCUGGCUGAGGAACAGGAUUUUACACAACGACCCUGAAGUGGAGAAGAAGCAGGGCUGGAUCACCGUCGGGGACCUGGAGGGAUGCAUCCACUACAAAGUUGUGAAAUAUGAAAGAAUCAAGUUUUUGGUGAUUGCCUUAAAGAAUGCUGUAGAGAUCUACGCUUGGGCUCCUAAACCAUAUCACAAGUUUAUGGCAUUUAAGUCUUUUGCAGAUCUCCAGCACAAGCCGUUGCUUGUGGAUCUCACUGUAGAAGAGGGUCAGAGACUCAAGGUUAUCUUUGGAUCACACACUGGUUUCCAUGUGAUUGAUGUAGAUUCUGGGAACUCUUACGAUAUCUACAUACCAUCUCACAUUCAGGGCAAUAUUACUCCUCACGCCAUUGUCAUCCUGCCUAAAACAGACGGGAUGGAGAUGCUCGUGUGCUAUGAGGAUGAAGGCGUAUAUGUGAACACCUAUGGACGGAUAACUAAAGAUGUGGUGCUCCAGUGGGGAGAAAUGCCUACUUCUGUGGCCUACAUUCAUUCCAAUCAAAUAAUGGGCUGGGGAGAGAAAGCUAUUGAAAUCCGGUCAGUGGAGACGGGACAUUUGGAUGGAGUAUUUAUGCACAAGCGAGCUCAAAGGUUAAAGUUUCUAUGUGAAAGAAAUGAUAAGGUAUUUUUUGCAUCGGUGAGAUCCGGAGGAAGCAGCCAAGUGUUUUUCAUGACCCUCAACAGAAACUCCAUGAUGAACUGGUAACAGAGGAGCACUUGGCACUCACCGCCAUGGCAUUAUUUCUAAUUUAAAGGACAUUAAACAUGUGGACUAACACUGUAGAGGAAGAUGCGGAGGGCACCAAGGAACACCGCUCCCCACACUCCCCCGAUGCCGUCAGCCCCGGGGCAGGGGCUGCGGGCAGGGAUGGACUUUCGCGCUUGGACCCCCCGAGGUCUCCUGAUUACGCUGUGUUAUAGUGGGUUAUGAGUUUUUUUCCUUUAUUUUUCUUUUUUUUUUUUUUAAUUUUACUUUUUCUUUGUCCCCUACUUUGUAAGAACGGGGAAAGAAACAGUGUCAAAAGAUCUGUUUUUAAUUCUGUCUGCCUGCUAGCAUCAAAUAUAUAGUAUGUUGUAAAGUUACCAAUUAAAUCUGGUGAGAGACAGCACAAUAAAUGUACCUUUUAUCUUUGUGAUGAAGGCCAUAACCGUAUAGCUGGGUAAUUUUAGAAAUCUUUUGCCUUCACCAACAUUUACAUGUUGCUUUUGGCAGCAACGGCUUAACGGAUUUUUAAAGAAGAGAAAAAAUAAUAGGUUUUUUUCCCCUCUUUUGGGAAAUGGAUUUUAAAUGGCUAAACUACUAGCCUUAGACUAAUAAAAAUCAGCUACCAUU